CCACGAGAUCAUGCCUAUCCCUUGAAAACUCUUUUUUACUAAUUAUCACCUUGAGUGGUCUCACUUCUCACUCUUGUAUAUAUCAGUUGCUGCUCGGACACAUUUAUCUGAAACCAGCCGCCGAUGGAUCGAGGGGUUGGUGGGAUAGGAAUGGGAGAUCCAGAAGAAGAGAGAGCAGUUGUUGAUGUGUUGAUGCUGCCGUGGCUUGCUCAUGGCCACCUUUCCCCCUUUCUUGAACUCGCCAAGAGGCUCUCCCAUAACAACAUCCUCCUCCACUUCUGCUCCACCCCUGUCAACCUCUCCUCCGUUAAGCAACAGCUCGACCAGUCCGCCUUCCCCAAUCUCCACACGACCAAGUACCUCCCCUCCCAUCUCAUGCCUGCCCUCAAGACCGCCUUCGACCUCUCUGAGCCUGCUUUUUCCCGAAUACUGGAGGAGUUGCGCCCCCAACUCCUCAUCUACGACUUCAUCCAGCCUUGGGCUCCUAGAGCUGCCAACAGGCUCAACAUCCCUGCCGUCCUGUUCCUCACCACGGGUGCUGCCGCCACCGCCUUCUUCUACCACCACCUCACGAAGCAGCCUGAUCAUGGACACAAGGUCCCCUUCUUCGACAUCCCUCUGUCCCAGGAUGACCACCACAACAUCAUCUGCACGCACAUGUUCAAGAGGGUGGCCAACGGUAUCUCCGACGCUGACCGCCUCCUGGAGUGCGUGCGCCUGUCAUCUGACUUCGUGGCCAUAAAGACCUUCACAGAGAUUGAAUCCAAGUACCUGGAUUCCUUGUCAUCCCUCAUCUCCAAGGAGCUGGUGCCCGUCGGCCCUCUUGUGCCCGACACCAUGGACGAGGGCCGUGAGUGCAGCAGGAGGCUCAUCCAAUGGCUCAACGACAAGGAGAGGUCUUCUGUACUGUUUGUUUCUUUUGGCACCGAGUACUUCAUGACGGAUGAGGAGAUUGAGGAGAUAGCCCAGGGUCUGGAACAGAGCAAGGUCAGCUUCAUAUGGGUGGUCAGGUUCCCUGAGCACGAGGGGGAAGGAAACUGCAGGGUGCAAGGGGGCGAUCAUAAACGAAAGAACGAGGCUUGUGCUGUUUUAGAGGGGAUUGGCAGUGAUGAUAGAGGACUGAUAGUAGAGGGCUGGGCACCGCAGAGAGAAAUUCUGAACCAUCCCAGCACUGGUGGGUUUCUGAGUCACUGCGGGUGGAGUUCUGUGAUGGAAGGGAUGAGGUUUGGUAUUCCCCUUGUAGCGAUGCCUCUGCAGCUGGAUCAGCCUCUCAAUGCCAAGCUGGUUGUAGAGCUUGGGGUUGGAGUGGAGAUCGAGGGCGAACUGUCGUUAGUGAAUAACAAUAAUGAUGAUGCAAGAGGUACGCCUGGGUUUCGGAGGAUGUUUAAGAGAGAGGAGAUCCUCAAAGGGAUACUACAAAUAUUUUCGAGUACUGAUCAAGGGAUGGGACUCAGAAAGAAGGCCAAGGAGAUGGCUGAGCUGAUGGGCUUCAAAAGGAAUCAGGAGAUCAGUUUUCUGGCUGAGAAACUGUCUCUACUCCGUAUGGGAGGAAAAGAGAGGGGGUGUUAGGGAUCUAAAUCUGCUAACUACUUAGUAGAACACAUCCUUUUCAUUAAACACAUGCAUAAUAUUGUGAAUCAUCCUCCUCCACAUGUAUUAUAAUGAAAAUAAUAACAGAUGAUGAAAAGCAUACGAUCCACACCAAGAAAUUAAAGCUUUCUAUUUUACUACUGUACCUGUUGAAAGUAAAAUUGAUUAACUACAUUGAGAAUUGGAAAGGUCAUUUAAUUAUCUGAGGAGUCAAAUGCAUGAAUAUGUUAGAUGCUGAAUGUGGCUGGAAAGUUUAAGAGACUUUGUUAAGAAGUCUAAGAGUCAUAGUAGUAGUACAUAUAUGUGUGUUUUGUAAG